AUGAAUAUUCCAAACCUUUUCGUCGGCUGUUCUAUCCUUCAAGGCGUUCUUCACUCGUCACUUGAAUGUUUCUUUGAACAAGGAUGUCUAGAUGCAGUUCAAUGGGCAAUUAUUUCUACAUACUCGAUAGAUACACCUAUUUUAGAAGCAAAUACUACUCGAUUUUCACCUCAGACAUUGAUUGGUGUCUUGCUCGAUGCAUUAAUGGUUGAACAGUGGGGUGAACUUAUUCAAUAUGAUCAAUAUUAUGCGCAAUGUGCACCCAAACUAUGCUCGUAUACAUAUAUUGCGCGUAACAAUGCAUUAUAUGUAUUUACAGUAUUAGUCGGCUUAUUUGGUGGACUUACAGCUGCAUUAAAAUUUCUUGUUCCAACUUUUGUCGGCUUUAUACGGAAAAAAAUGCGGCCAAAAGUUCCACAGAUGACUGACGUUCAAUCAGGUGAGCCAUGUCGAUGA